GAAUCGGCACCUGAGAUAGGGUGUUUUUCAACCGAAUUCUAAAAUAGGGCGCGAUAAUUUCGAUAUUUUUUAUCACCCAAUAACUUUCGUUUUGGCCUCGACGUCAAAUUCCUUGAGCUUUUCGCAAAUAUAUCGUUUUUGUUGGAAAAAUUAUAAAUGUCAGUUCUAUUUAGAAAAAAACGAGAAAAAUGGAGAUUUUCUUUUCCAAAUGCGUUCCAUUCAAAAAGCUCUGGAGCGAUUUUCGAAAAAGCUGUUGUGGGUCCAGUUAACGUUCUCUGCUGGGUCUAUAGAGCAUUUCUGCAGCUAUCUUAUGAAGACCUAAAAAUGUUUCUACAGCAAAUCUUUAUAUACAGUUUUUGGGCUGAAAGAAAGACUUGAGGCGCAAUUUUUCUCAUUUUCUUCUAUAAAAUCUGUAUUAAACAUUUUUUACAAAAUGUGCCCGAACAUUGUUGAUCUGGAAGAAAUGGUUGAAAGUUGCGCACAAAAAUUCAGAAAAAUGUGAAAAGUGAGUCGUGGCUGCUGGGAGUUGGGCGAUAUUUGGAUUGUAAAACGGUCGUACGACCGGUGUAUUUUUGUCUUAAAAGCUUCAAGCGCGAAUAUCUCAUAAAGUUUUUGUACAAUUUUUUAUAAAAAAUUGUGGGUCUAUAGGGCAUGCCUGCAGCUAUCUUUUGAAGACAUAAAAAUGUUUCUACAGCAAAUCUUUAUAUACAUUUUUUGAGCUGAAAGAAAGACUUAACGCGCGAUUUUUCACAUUUUUUUCUAUAAAAUCUGUAUUAAACAUUUUUUACAAAAUGUGCCCGAAAAUUGUUGAUCUGGAAGAAAUUUCUGGCUGUAGUAAACCUACCCGAUGGUUGAAAGUUGCGCACAAAAAUUCAGAAAAAUGUUAAAGGUGAGUCCUGCCUGCUGGGAGUUGGGCGAUAUUUGGAUUGUAAAAAGGUCGUACGACCGGUGUAUUUUUGUCUUAAAAGCUUCAAGCGCGAAUUUCUCAUACAGUUUUUGUACAAUUUUUUAUAAAAAGUUGUGGGUCUAUAGUGCAAAAAUUUUCCACCCACUUAUUCACCAUUCAUACACGUGUGCAAUGUGCAAAAUUGGGAAAGCGUAACUGUAAGAAAUCAGCUGCAUGCUUGCAUUCACCCACAAGCUUUGGGUAUUUCGCAUUCGAUUGUUUAUUUCAAAAGUGAAUUCGUGCGAUGAUGGCAAACUGCAAGAUGCUCCCGCGAGUUUCGCGCCGCUUGGUCGCCUUUGAUUUCGACUGCACAGUGGUUGACGACAAUACAGACACAGUGGUGCGGGACCUGCUGCCAGCCGAUAAGUUCCCCAGCGACACCAUCAUACACAAGCAAGGAUGGCAAGAGUACAUGGCUGAGGUAUUCCGACGCUUGCAUAAGCUAUGCUACUCGCCGCAAUCGAUACGCGAAAAGAUACGCUGCAUACCGGAGGUACCUGGAUUCGUGCGGCUGCUUAAACGGCUGCACCAAGCGCCUGAGAAAAAAUAUGACCUUAUCAUCAUCAGUGACUCGAACACCAUCUUCAUAACUGAAUGGCUGGAGGCACAUGGCCUGGCAAACUGCUUCGAGAGCAUAUUCACAAACCCAGCGCACUUUGACAGCGACGGCUUGCUGCAUGUACGACCCUACCACCAUCAGACGGAGUGCAAACUGAGCGCUGCCAAUCUAUGCAAAGGCAUGAUCUUGGAACACUAUGUGGCAAAGCGAAAUCUGCGCGAUAAUACGCAUUAUGAGCGCAUCAUCUAUGUUGGGGAUGGCCACAACGACUUGUACCCGAUACUAAAAUUGCGUCACGGCGACAUAGCCUGUCCACGGCGUGACUUUGCGCUGCAUAAAAAGAUAACGACACAUCGAGAUAAAAUGGAUAUACGUGCGGAUGUAGUAAAUUGGAAAAGUGGUUUUGAAUUACUGAAACAAUUGGCAGAACGAGAUACCGCAUUGACAGAUGGGGAUGGUACAGAGGCGAGGGCUGAAUCUACUAAAAAGCCGUUAGAGUAAAUUGGCGACAUUAAACAUUUUUAAACACACUGAACUAAGUAGGUAAUCGCACUACUAAACAAGUAUCAUGGUGUAGCUGCUACUCGUAUCUGGUAAUUGUUAUUAUUGUUAUCACUAACUCAAUAUUUCCCAUAGGUGUAAAUUAAAAUUGGUAACGACUUGUGAAAGAAGUUUUAGGUGUGGGGUACAUAACGUAUAGUAUGUAUGUAUAUUUGUAAUGCUAGCAACAAAAGAAAAAAUUAUUAUAUCCACUUGCUGGACGUGCAUUGCACGCCGUGUGUGCUAAUUGAUAACACUAUACUCUAUUCAGACGUGAAAGCAAAUAGAUAUAUUUUUUAGACGUUUUAGAGAUGACGUCAAUUUUUAUCUCUUAUAUGGAAAAAUCCCAGACAGACUUCUCUAAUUUGUAAACUUAAGCUCCAAAUAUAAACAGGUCUCGGCUGAAAUGGUUUGUUCGCCCACAAGUCCUGGGAGGACGGGAAUAUUGUGCUUGCUCAUUGACGGAAGGCCGAAUUCAUCUGCCAGGUAAAAUACCGGGCACCCAUAAGCGCGAAGGAGGUCGCGAAGGAGAACAAAGGAUGUAGCGAAGGUAAACAAACGAUCUUUUUGCGCGGUAAGAAAAAGGUAAAAAGAAGUAAUAUGCAGGGGUGCUUUCUCGAUGGACAUAAAUUGCACCUAUUUGCACAUUCUUCAUUGCUACCCAAAUUAAUGAAAAGUGUUAUUAUUAAUGAUAAAUUAGUUUUUAACAUCAGAAAAAUUGAACUUAGCAAACAUUUUAUAUUGCAAAGUCAAGUACAAGCCGAAUUAUUGAUAAGGUGUUGGGGCGACAGCCUUGAUCAAAUAGAGUUUCUCAAAGCUGCCAUGUAAGUCUGGCAACACUUCCCAUGGAAAAGUCGACACCGCAACCCUGGUCCGGGGAGAACGACGAAAGGACAAAAAUUACGCCACGUUUUUUUUUGUUCCCUACUUCUGAAUGGCUUGCCGGCGAUUCUGACCGCCUGGUGUUUCAGCUGGUUUUGUUUGAUAAGAAAAAAUGCCGAGCGACGCCAAACAAAUUAUUUUUCUAGCACAAAAAAUACUAGGCGCCCAAAAGUGAGAGGUAGGCGACAGAACUAUUAUGUUCGAUUGGCGUUUCAGCGUUUUAAGCCAACGCAAAAAUAUUAGGCGCCCAGAAUUGCAGAGAAUGUCGACGAACAGGGCGGCAAACGGCAAGGAUGAUUAUUUGCGCGGGCGAAGAAUAACGCGAGCACAACAAAAUAAGAACUGAAAACGAGAGAAUUUUCUGAUCGGCAGCUUACUUACCGCUUAUGGGCGCUUGUUAUUUCAGAUGGUUUUGCUCGAUGCACAUUGCCGAAAAAAAUUUAGGGCGAUCGAUCGCGUAAGACUCGCUCGCAUACGCGACUACUGCAGGGUUAAUAGGGUUGUCAUAUUGUUUGUUGAAAACAAAUGUUUCUAGAUUUAGGUAUUUAUUCAAAGGUAUUUCAUUUGAAAGAAAUUUGAAGUUGCCAUGAGAAUAAAUAAUGAAAGUUAUGGCAUUAAAGAAUAUUUUUGUCUUUUCUGGCCGUAGUAAACUUACCCGAUGGUUGAAAGUUGCGCACAAAAAUUCAGAAAAAUGUGAAAAGUGAGUCGUGGCUGCUGGGAGUUGGGCGAUAUUUGGAUUGUAAAAAGGUCGUACGACCGGUGUAUUUUUGUCUUAAAAGCUUCAAGCGCGAAUUUCUCAUAAAGUUUUUUGUACAAUUUUUUAUAAAAAGUUGUGGGACUAUAGAGCAUGCAUGUGACGAUUCGAGCCCUGUCUUUUUCCCAUCAAUGAGCCAGUGAAGCAGGAUUCAAAUAUUAGCCAAAUAAAAGAGCUAAAGCCAAUUACGAUUUCGGUUUUAUAUGUUACUCGGUUUGGACUUUAUUUACUUCUGUUUGGAAUUUGCAGUAGAACUUCAAAUGUACAUAUGUAUGUAUGUAUGUA